AAUCAAACCAACCUGUAUCAAUCCAAAGAUCCAAACUACUUGAAUUGUGACCCGACCCAUCAAUCGCCCUAUAAAUACACCAUCUUCCCCCAAAUUUCAAAAUUACAGCAACCGUAGAUCGAAGAACAAGAACCUCAAUUCAAAGUUAUCAAGAUGGCUCGUACCAAGCAAACUGCCCGCAAGUCAACCGGAGGGAAGGCCCCAAGGAAACAACUUGCCACCAAGGCUGCUCGCAAGUCUGCUCCAACAACCGGUGGUGUGAAGAAACCUCAUAGAUACAGGCCUGGAACCGUAGCCCUUCGUGAAAUUCGUAAGUACCAGAAAAGUACCGAACUUUUGAUCCGGAAACUCCCGUUUCAGAGGCUUGUUCGUGAGAUCGCUCAGGACUUUAAGACCGAUCUGCGUUUCCAAAGCCAUGCUGUGCUGGCAUUGCAAGAGGCGGCUGAAGCUUAUCUUGUUGGGUUGUUUGAGGACACCAAUCUGUGUGCGAUUCAUGCAAAACGUGUGACCAUCAUGCCUAAGGACAUUCAGCUUGCCAGGCGUAUCAGGGGUGAGAGGGCUUGAUUUCGUGUUUAUCGACUAUGUGUUGUCCUUGUGUGCGUCAAGUGUCUUGAGAUUGUGGUCAACUUAUAAGUUUGCGAGUAUGGUUCUUUUGCUUGUUUCUUUAGUUGGAUAAUAUGUUUGGAUUAGUAGUUUGGAGGUUAAUUGAGACCUUGCUGUUAUAUGCUAAGUUGACUUGAUACU